AUGGGAAGGUGGCCACCAUCAUCAACAGUGAACACCCAUGGAGGCAAGAAACCACCUGUGAAGCAAUAUCAAUCAGAGUUUAAUCACUACAGGGCUAGCUCAGAGGACUUAGAGCUACAACAUACAAACAAACUACAUACAGUGGAGACUAGAUAUAUUCAGCAGAUUAAGGUUGCAAAGACAGAGCUGAAGGCUGAGAUCAAUGGUAUGAAGGAACAGUUUGAGAAGAAACUGGCCAGCUUGCUUAUGAGUAAGAAUUGCAAUGAUGCAGGAGACAUGGCUGAAGCAGAGACCAAUGAAGGGUUUGAGAAAGAUGUUAAGAAGCUUGAAAGGAGUGCCCUUGCAUUUGGAGACAAUAGUCUGAAGUGUCAGGACCUACAGAAGAAUUUCUGGAAGGCUUGCAAGUUGUCUGGAAACCUGACAAUACCCCUCACUGCUGCCUCAGACAGACUUGAAAGUACUCCUCCUGGGCCACAGGCUGAGGUUGUCAUUGUGAUAGUGAUUUUAUAA